AGCAUUUCCAAUCACUGGUCCUUUUGAAACAGGAAAGAGAACUUUUACCACUAGCUCCAGAUGCACAUUAUUCAGCAUUCUCGAGGCCUAGCAGUUCUCCUAAAGUCCAGAAUCCCAAUGAGAAUCACUGUCCAUCACAUCAGACUGCAGUCAUGCUGCUGGAAUUUGCAGCUAGCCCUGGAAGUUUGCAAAAAUCUUUUUUAAAAAGAAAGCAGAAUUUCAUCCAGGAAUCCGUGAAAAGAGUAGAAGCAAUAAAAAAUAAGGAGAGAGAAAGUGAAAAGCUGGAAGCAAGACAGCUUCAAAGAGGAAAGUCUGAGAAGCUAAGAAGCMGACGAAAGGAGUCUCAUCUCUCUGGAAAAAAUGGUGCACUUGCCAAUAAGCUGAAAAAGGUWGGAGAAGUGAAAGUAUCUUCUCCAGAGGACAGGAAGUCGGCAGAAAUUGAAAUGCACCAGCGUACAUCCAGACUUUAUAAUCAGCUUGAAGAAGUAAAAAACAGAAAGGAAGAAAAAACAAGACAAGAAACUUAUGCGAAAAACAGAGAAAAAGCUAAGGAGUUUCAAAAGAAAAUGYUGGACAAACUGCGAGCCAAGAGGACUUCGAAAGCUCCGUGACAGGCAAAGCUUUGAGCAACGAUAUUGGUACAGUCCAGGCCACUGACUGAUGGCAGCCUGAAUGGUGGAUUACAAAGCCAUUAGGAAGCUGCAGUUUUAAGCUGCAAGAAAACAAUGCAAAGUACCCCAAACCCCUGUAAUCACUACAGCAGCAGAUGGACUGCUCUCAACAUUAUCUCAGACUGAGUUGACUGGCCUGGCUUAAAAGGCCUUUUUUUAUAUGUUAAUAUUUUAAAGAGAUUUAAGGUUUGUAAUAUAAAUGUAUAAAACAUUUUCAAAUAAAGUU